CACUGAUGAUCAGUGUGCCCUGAUGAUCUGUGUAGCCCCAGCAGUGUCACCUGUCAGUGUCCAUCAGUGCCAGCUGUCAGUGCUCAUCCACGCCACCUGCCCAGUGCACAUCAAUGCCACAUAUCAGUGCCCAUCUGAGCUGCCUUUCAGUGUCACCCAUCAGUGCCAGUCAGUGCCACCUAUUAGUGCUGCCAGUCAGUGCCACCUAUCAGUGUGCCUAACAGUGCCAGUCAGUGCUGCCUUUCAGUGCCCAUCAGUGAUGUCUGUCAAUGCCCAUCAGUGCCACCUAUCAGUGUCCAUCAGUGCAGCCUAUCAGUGCCCACCACUGCAGCCUCAUUAGUGUAUGUCAGUGAAGGAGAAAAAUCACUUAUUUAAAAAAUGUUAUAA